CCUGAUGAAUUAUGGAGAAAUGUAGUACCAGAAAAUAUAUUGAGACCGGACGCGAUAGCUUUACAAAGUUAUAGAGAAAUUCAAGUAAAUGAACUACCAGAAGAACAAAUAAUUAUUGAAGAAGAAGAAGAAUUCGAUCAACAAGAUGUUUUAGAUUGUCCUAUUUGUCAUAUAUCGUUACAUCAAGGAGGAGAUCAUAUAUUACAAAUAAUGAGACGAAAUCGAGAUCAGAGAUUGAAUUUGGAACGAGCUAGGAUACGAAUGGAAGAAAGACAAAGAGAUAUGGAUAAUAUUCCACAAAUAAGGGAGGAUGUGGAUGUGAUUGAUAAUGUACAACAAAUAGUUGUAGUAAAGCAGCCACCACCACUACAACAAAAUGAAGAUAGAAAUAUGGAUCCGCAAGAUUUUACAAGAUGUUCUAUUUGUAACACACCUUUAAGAGAAGCUAUGAAUGGUAAUCCAGAAGUAGUGAGGCUUUGUAAUAAUCAAAGACAUAUGGCUCAUAUGCAUUGUACAAUUAGAUGGUAUGAUAGAGACGGUGUUGAUACACAUUGUGUUAUAUGUGGUUUAAAUUUAAUUUUACCAUAUGUUCGAGUAAAUAGAAAUCAAGUAUUACAAUAUGAUACAGAAAGACAAAAUCGUAGAUUGAAUAUUGAGAGACGUGGAAAAGAACGUAUGGAAUUAGCAGUACAGAGAAGACAAGAAAGAAUAGCAGCAGCGAAACAGAGAGAUUUACAUAAUAUUCCACAGUUAGAUAGGGAUAGAAAAAUAAAUUUAGAUGAUAAUCAAAAUAGGUGGCAAGGAAGAUUACGAGUUGUAGAUAUGUUUGGAAAUGUCAUAAGAAGAGUUAUUAAUUGA